CCUAAAACAUUUUUUUUUUUGUUGGUCGGUCGUUCUUCUUCAAACCCAGAAACCGAUGGGUGGGUUACGAAACUCCGGCGUCGUUAUCGGAAUUAUUUUGCUUCAUCUCUUUGCUUUCGCCUCUCUUGUUUCAUCCGAUGAACUUCAAUUCGUUGUGGGAGAAACCAGAGAGCUUCAAGUGAUUCCUAGUUUAGAGGUUAAGGGUUCUCCUGGAUUGAAGCCAGAUAGAACAACUCUUUGUGAGAGGAUUCAUAUCCAUGGAAUUCGAAGGUUUAAACAUAUUGACAAGUAUGCACAUUCACUUAAGUUGGUGGUUAACGUGUCUACCUCUGGGAGAACCAGUAACUUUGACGUCUGCUUCCACCGGAAUUUGUCGCGUGAAAUUGGAAUGUGCCCUCAAAGUCGGUGGGUGAAAGCCUCUAAAGGAUCAUGGGUUCAGACAAUGUCACCCUUUGACCUCAAAAUCCUUGAUGUCAGAGUAGCUAGCUCUAACAAGGUUACUCUGGAAGUUUUUGCUGUGGAAGAAUUAUAUAUGCAUCGCCUAGUAUUCUUAAUCGUUGGUGCUGUCUUUUUGGCUUCGGCUUCGACACUGAGUCAAUCUUUAGUGUUUUACUAUGGUAGUGCCAUGGCUGUUGGUAUUAUCCUUGUCGUGUUGCUUGUUCUCUUUCAGGGAAUGAAGCUUCUACCAACUGGACGGAGUUCGUUUGCAUUGUUCAUAUACUCAUCCCUGCUUGGUUUGGGUGGUUUUCUUCUUCGCUACGUACCUGGAUUGUUUCAAACUUUGCUAACAGAGAUGGGAAUCAACGAAGAAAUGUACACACCUGUGGCGAUUUUUGUGGGGGCGUUUCUAUCUUUGGGUGGAGCAUUUUUCGGAUUUUGGACUGUGAGAAAACUUGUUCUGACUGAAGAUGGCUCCAUUGACGUUAGCACAUCACUCUUUGUUUCUUGGUCCAUCCGAAUAAUGGCUGCGGUUUUGAUUCUUCAGAGCUCCGUAGAUCCUUUGCUUUCUGGAGGAGCACUGAUAUGUGUAAUUAUUAUGUCAUCGACUUUAAAGAAGAUCACCAAAUUGAAGUUUGUUCUACUACGCAUAUUCCUGAUUCCAUUGGAUUUACUGAUAGGAAUUUGGGAGGCAAUUCGUGAUGCUGAUAUACCAUCUCUCCCUGGAUAUCUUCAUGACUUCACGCAGAAGAGUCCUGAUGCUUCUGAAUUUCGCAACGGUGUUAAUUAUGCUUCUCCAUCAGGAGGAACCAACAACGGGAUGCGAGAAUCACCACCAUCUGAAGCAGAUACUUUUCCUUCCUCUUUCCAUAGAACUCCCGAAAGGAGCAAACUGACAAAAGAAGAAUGGAAAAAGCUCACCAAGGAUAGCACGACAAAGGCGGUUCAAGAAUUGGUGUCUUCACCUGAUUUUGGCAAAUGGGCAGCAGCAAAUGCGGAUAGGAUCAAUAUAACUCCGAGAAAAGACUCUCGUAGGAGAGACCGGCCACGGAAAUGGCUGGGUUGGUUCUGAAGCAACCGGGUUUAUAUCUCAAACAGAGAGAAGGAACUAUUUUUGUAGAGACAGAGAGAGCUCUUGUAGGUAAAGUUGCUUUCUUCUUUUAUGACUUGGUUAGUGUUUUAGCUUUUGUGGAUGAGACCACGAUUUGUUGUAGCGAUCCUAAUUGGUUUUCUUAGGUUGUGUCAUGUUUCUGUGUAGACAAUGCAAUGAGCAUUCUUUAUCCUUUUAUGGUCUUUAAUGGGUUCUACAUUUCAAUAUUUCAUGAUGAUAUAAUGUGAAUCUUUUGGUAUGGAUAUUAAUAAUAUUCGAAUAAUUUAUUCUA